GGCUUCCGGGACCAACUGGGAGACCAGGACCACAAGGACCAAAGGGGGAAAAGGGAGAGAUUGGUGAAAAAGGACCUGCUGGACCACCAGAUGGAGAGCCACAGUUAGCAUCUACCGUCAUUGACACUAUAUUGGCUGGUUUGCCAGGACCUCGUGGGGCACCGGGACCCAUAGGGCUGCCAGGACCACCUGGAUCUUCAGGCCCCAAGGGAGCACCAGGGCCAAUGGGAGCACCUGGAGUACAGGGCACUCCUGGUUCUCCUGGACAGCCUGGGCUGAAGGGCCCGAAAGGUGAUCGGGGCGAAAGGGGGCCAGCGGGGCAGACUGGUGAAAGAGGCAUUAAGGGUUUUCCUGGUGAACCUGGUAAGAAAGGUGAAGAAGGAGACAGAGGUGCCGAUGGUGAAGGGGUCCAACAACUGCGAGAGGCCUUGAAGAUUUUAGCAGAGAGGGUGCUAAUUUUAGAACACAUGAUAGGGAUUCAUGGCUCAGGACAAGACGUGAUCCUGGGCGCCCCGCUCCGAGCAAACACGAAAAACAAGCGACACCAUUCGAACCAGAUCCUUUCUUCACUUCUGGAUGACAGCAGACCCAGGGCGAGAAGUGACCGGAGGCAAUAAAACUUUAGUCCAACAGCGAAGGCUUGAAGAGACCUCUGUUUACUCCUGUUGGGAAGUCCUGCAGGUCAGGAGGAUGGAGCCAUGUCCAACUGGAAUACCUUCCUUGAACUUUCCAUGAUCUUUUAAAAAAUAUUCUUCACAUUUUACAUACCUGCUAUUUCUGUUCUUGUUUUGGGGGCCCGUCUCAGGUGAUUACAAUAAAGUUCCAAUCCCAAGAAGUCUCAUGUGAUAAAGACAGCAACAUUUAGAGAGAUGUCUGUAACAUCACUGAUGGGACCUGUCUGCCAUGGAGCCAGUGUUGCAGUCUAGAACCUUCUGGGAAUAACAUUCUAGAGCAUCCACCCCAAUCCACGAAGAGUGCGGAAUGAGUUUAUUGGCCCUACCAUGGCUUUGAAUGAAUGGACUAUGCACUGCAGAAAACAACCCAAGUUGAUAUUGCAAGGGAGGGGGGACAAUUAAUAGAAGUAAGCUGUAGCUAAUGAUCACCCCAAGACUGUUACUGAUCUUCUAAUUGUAGAACUCACACCAAGCAUUUAAGAAACCUCAGUUACACAGUUGAGCUCGGUCUGAAAACCAUCAUUCUAUAUAAAUCUUUGUGUUAUCCAGAUUUGAGGGGCCUAGCCAAACUUGACUGACCUUGAGAAACUAAACAGAACUGGUGAACAUGUAGAUUGGAGAUCACCAGGAAAUCUGUAGGUUAGGUUGAGAAGUCAAUCAAGUAACUGAGAAGAAUGUAAUGCCGCCUCCUUAAAUACUGUUGCCACGAAUAUUAUACGGAUAUGGCUCAUAUAGCCACAGAGCCAAGCACUAGGGAAUGUACAUACUUUCCUUUAAUUCUCCCCCAAAUCCAAAAUCCUAGAUUUUUGAGCAGUAACUUUGAUGUUAUAAUCCAAAAUUAAGGUUUAUAAAGCCAAUAACUUUCUCAUUUUGCAAGAGUUUACCAUCUGUGGUUCUGCUGUGGCUAAUUUCUUACCUGUAAGGUGUUUUUUUUUUAGAUUCCUUCCUUAUUUCACUUCUUACUAAAGUUCAUUUGGACCUGUUAUUGAUAUAUAUUUUGAUAAUGCUCCUAAAUGAAUGAAAGUUCACAGGCAAAGUGUGGAGAAUGGCCUCACCCCUUGCAUUUUAGUUCAACCAUGAGAUGUCAAUAGCAGAGAAAAGAAUAGUGUGGCAUUCCUAGCAUGUAAGGGAAAAAAUGAAGUGUCUUUUGGCAUCUUAAAUAUUAAUAAAUUUAUUAUCACACA